AUGGGUUUACUUUUCUAUUCUUCUUUGGCACUUUUCUUCACUGUCAUGCUGCAUAAUCAUCCAGGAGGCGAGGCUGCCGUUGGUGUCAACUACGGCCUCCUUGGUAACAACCUUCCGCCGCCUCCUGCUGCCAUAGCGCGCCUUCGACAAAUUGGAAUCACCAAAAUUAGGGUUUUCCAACCCAACAACGCCGUCCUCACCGCCUUACACGGCUCCGGCAUCUCAGUGAUCGUCGGAACCCUCAACGGGGACCUUCAACCCCUCGCCUCCAACAAAUCUGCCGCCGCCGCCUGGGUAGCGGCCAACAUCCUCCCCCACCAAUCCUCCGUCAAAUUCACCUGCAUCGCCGCCGGCAACGAGGUCUACCCCGACGAUCUCGCGCAAUACAUCCCCGCCGCGAUGGAGAAUCUCGCCGCCGCCAAUGUAAACAUCGCGGUCUCCACCACGAUCUCGAUGCAGCCUCUCUCCACCUCCUACCCCCCCUCCGCCGGCAAUUUCUCCGCCGCCGCGAAACCGGUAAUGACUCAGAUCGCGAAAUUCCUGCAGUCGAAGAAGUACCCUAUGCUUGUGAAUGUGUACCCUUACUUCGCAUGUGCGGGGGAACCGGCCAACGUGGAUCUCGACUACGCGCUUUUCCGUCCGGGAAAGACCGCGGUUCGCGACGGGGCGAGGACUUACCUUGUAGAAAAUGGCAAAUCCAAUUGA